AUGGUUUACUACGCCUGCGUCAACAGAUACUCGGUCCGUGUUGACAAUGGAACUGCACGCACAGUGACUCUGUCGUCGCAUGACGUGGUUGGGCCUUCAGACCACGGUGUGAUAGCACUCAACUGUACGACACCAAGACUGGUUAGUGGAGGGGCACAGAAGACACAGUGUCAGCAGGACGGGAGAAACCCCAACCAAGGGGUGCUCACACUCAAGGGCAGCUUUCCGACAGCUCAGGGUUCAAACUUUACCGCAGAUGUGCGGAGUUUGACACUCCCGGGCCCGGCCAUCACCCAUGAUUCAGCUGGUAUCUGGGCCUGGGAUAGUGGUGCGGUGAAGAUUUUGGUGGGAAAUGUCGCAACCCCAACGCUUGCUGUUGCCGUAUACGGAUACAGAACCGAUGACUUUGGAACAGCCGAAAACCGGUUGCAGACCUGGGAUACCGAAAUCCAACGACAGAGGCUGCAAAAUGUGGCCACCAAUCUGGCGCCUUCGCUCUAUCAGAUCUGA